AUGGCGCGAGCCAUCUGGUCCAUGAUUAACGACAAGGAACUCGCACCCCCAGUACCUGAUAGUGUCUGCUCCCAUUGCCUUCCUGCGUCCAUCUUCCGUGCGCCGCAGCUCAUCCUCCCUUUCCUGAAUCUCAUCCACCCCUUCCUGGAUGUCAACAUCAAGUACUUCGACCUGGGCCUGCCUCACCGCGAGGCCACCAACGACCAAGUCACGAUCGAGAGCGCACAAGCAACGCUCACCUCCCCUUCGGUUGAUUUUCACUUCCCCUUCCCGUCCUGCCUGCUCUGCUCUGAUUGUUACGAAGAGAGGGUGCGGGAAUUCGGACUCAAGGCCAUGUGGAAGAGCCCCAAUGAGAAUUCUCACAAGUUCUUUCAUCCCUCCAUCCAUGCUCUUCCUUCUCUUUCUCUUGCAGGCACCAUUCGCAACAUACUGAAUGGCACUGUGUUCCGGGAGCCAAUUCUCAUCCGCAACAUUCCUCGCCUCGUGCCCUCAUGGACACACCCUAUAGUGAUCGGCCGGCAUGCCUUCGGGGAUCAGUACCGAGCCACAGAGAUGGCCAUUCCGGGUCCUGGCAAACUCAAGCUCGUCUAUGAAACCCCUCAGGGCACCAGUCAAGUCUUGGACGUGUACGACUUUAAAUCGCCCCCUUCCACCAGCAUCGCUGGCGGGGAUGGGGGUGGCAGCGGUGUGGCACUCGCUAUGUUCAAGGACAUAUUUCAACAGGUGUACGAGAGCAAGUGGAGGGAGCGGUUUGAGGCAGCAGGGGUGUGGUAUGAGCACCGGCUGAUCGAUGACAUGGUGGCCUUCUGCCUCAAGAGCCUGGGGGCGUUCGUGUGGGCGUGCAAGAACUAUGAUGGGGACGUGCAGAGCGACAUGUUGGCUCAGGGUUUUGGCUCCCUUGGCCUCAUGACCAGCAUUCUGGUGUGUCCGGAUGGGAAGACAGUGGAAGCGGAGGCGGCGCACGGCACGGUGACGCGGCACUACCGCGUGCAUCAGAAGGGCGGGGAGACGAGCACCAACAGCAUCGCCUCCAUCUUCGCCUGGUCCAAGGGGCUCGCGCACCGUGCCUCUUUGGACGGCAACAGCAGGCUCGCGGCAUUUUGCAAGCAGCUGGAGGCGGCGUGUGUUGACACGGUGGAGAGCGGUGGAAUGACCCGCGACCUGGCCCUGCUGGUGCAUGGGAACAAGUGUGUUGAGUCUUUAGCUAGUCAGUUACUUAUGACAUAG